AUGCAAGAUUAUCCCAACUACAAAUACCGGCCCCGGCGGAAAAAGCAGGUCAAGCGGAUCUGCAAGCGGGUGGACCCCGGGUUUUUGCUGGGCAGCCUGACACGGGACCAGAACGCGGUGCCGGAGAAGCGGAACUGCGGCCGCGUUGGGGGGGAGAAAGAGGGGCUGGGUGAGUACCCCCCUGCUCCGGGGCUGCCAUCCAUCCGGGCAUACCGGGAUGCCCCAGACAGCGGCAGCAGCACCAACGUGGACACCUACCGUGGGGUGCAAAGCCUGAAGGGGUCCCGCACCCCGUGGGACACACACCCAUGUGCACACCCUGCCACCCCUCAGCCCAGCCUGAGAAAGAGCUGCCCAAAUUGCAACACAGCUUUGCUGUCCAGCCUCUUACCCAAAUCCUGGAAGGCUCUGAGCCUCUCACAGAAGCGUCCCUAUGUGGAGGAGGCUGAGCGGCUGCGGGUGAAGCACAUGCAAGAUUAUCCCAACUACAAAUACCGGCCCCGGCGGAAAAAGCAGGUCAAGCGGAUCUGCAAGCGGGUGGACCCCGGGUUUUUGCUGGGCAGCCUGACACGGGACCAGAACGCGGUGCCGGAGAAGCGGAACUGCGGCCGCGUUGGGGGGGAGAAAGAGGGGUUGGGUGAGUACCCCCCUGCUCCGGGGCUGCCAUCCAUCCGGGCAUACCGGGAUGCCCCAGACAGCGGCAGCAGCACCAACGUGGACACCUACCCCUAUGGGCUGCCCACCCCCCCAGAGAUGUCUCCUCUGGAUGCCAUAGACCCUGAGCAGAGCUUCUUCUCCUCGCCCUGCCCUGACGAACAUCACCGCUCCCACCUUGCUGGAGCCACCUACUCCCCGGAAUACACAGGCACCUCCCUCCCAUGCAACCACCACCCUCUCAGCUCCCUGCCACAGCCGGCCACCUGCAUGAUCCCCCCAGCCACAAGCUGCCCUUCCCUUCCUCCUCCUCCUCCUCCCAGCUACUACACACCCGCCUUCCCCUCCUUGCACACCCCCAGCCUCCAUGCCCACCUGGGCCAGCUCUCCCCACCACCUGACCACCACAGCUUUGACACUUUGGACCAGCUGAGCCAAGCCGAGCUCCUGGGGGAGAUGGACCGCAAUGAGUUCGACCAGUAUCUCAACAACCCCAGCCAUGGCGACCAUCACGGCGGGGUCUUGGCCAACGGACAGGUCCCCACGUCCGGCAGCUCCCACGCCUCCGAGACCAGCCUCAUCUCCGUCCUCGCCGAUGCCACGGCCACCUACUACAAUAACUACAGUGUCUCUUAG